GGUGGUGGCAGCAUCAUGAUAUGAAGCAUGGUGGUGGCAGCAUCAUGAUGUGAAGCAUGGGGGUGGCAGUAUCAUGAUGAUGAAAGCAUGGUGGUGGCAGCAUCAUGGUAUGGAGCAAGUCUCAGCUAGGAAACAACAACAAAAAUAUCAGGAAAUAUCAGGAUCUGAUUUAGAACAAACAGACAAAUGAAAAACAAAAUUCCAGAUGCAAAGCCGAGCGUGUUUGACUGAGUUUGGACUUGAGCCAGAAAAGGAGAGGAAUGAAAAACUGAUAAUGAGGCAGCGACAAACCAAACCGGUUCACCUGCACAAUGAGGCGUAGCAACAUUCACGGCUAAAUACCUGAUGAGAGUUGAAGCUCUGGAAAUCAGCAGAGACAAAAGACGAAGCAACAGAGAGGACAGACGUUUAAUGAAGGGUUUACCUGUGGAGAUUAAAGACCUUUGAGAGAUUCAACAUCGGGAGUCAUAAUGUCGGCCGCCAGCUGUCUGCUGACUGAGGAGCAGCUUCUGUGCGGCAUCUGUCUGGAUGUCUUCUCCAAUCCCGUCACACUGCCGUGCGGACACAACUUCUGCAAAAACUGCAUCAUGCAACACUGGGACACCAACAUCCAGUGUGAGUGUCCAACCUGCAAGGAGCCGUUCUACCGGAGGCUGGACCUGCGAGUCAACACCUUCAUCUCUGAGAUGGCUGCUCAGUUCAGGAAGUUGGCAGGAAGGCAAAACCCCAACCAGCAAGUGGCCAAACCGGGGGACGUCCCCUGCGACAUCUGCACCGAAAAUAAAAUGAAAGCUCUGAGGUCCUGCCUGGUGUGUCUGGCCUCCUACUGCGAGGUUCACCUGAAGCCCCACCUGACGGCGUCGCGCCUGAAGAGACAUCAGUUGACGGAUCCGGUGGAGAAUCUGGAGGGGAGGAUGUGCACGAUUCACGACAAACCUCUGGAGCUCUUCUGCAAGACGGACCAGACCUGCGUUUGCAUGCUGUGUCCGGUUUUAGACCACAAGUCGCACGAAGUCAUUCCGCUGAAAGAGCAGUUCGAGAGGAAGAAGUCAGAGCUCGGCAGGAAGGAAACCGAAAUCCACCGGAUGAUCCAGGAGAGACGACUGAAGAUCCAGGAGCUGAAACGUUUGGCGAAGCUCAGCAAGGAAGCAGCAGAGAGGGAGAUGGCGGAUGGCGCUCAGGUCUUCACCACCCUGAUUCAGUCCUUAGAGAGAGCCCAGGCGGAGGUCAUCGGGAUGAUUGACGAGAAGCAGAAGGCGACAGACAAUCUGGCCAGAAGUUACAUCCAGGAGCUGGAGGAGGAGAUCUCGGAGCUAAUGAGGAGGCGGGGCGAGGCGGAGCAGCUCUCUCGAUCAAAAGACCACCUUCACUUCCUGCAGAGCUUCUCCUCGCUGGAUGCCUCCCGGUUCACCAAGGACUGGUCGGAGGUCCACGUGGACAUGCCGUCCUACGAGGGAACCGUGAAGGCGGCCGUGGACCAGCUGGAGGAGGCGAUCGGCAAAGAGAUGCCGAAGCUGCUCCGGGAGGCAAAGCUGAACCGGGUUCAGCAGUUUGCGGUGGACGUGAUGCUGGACCCCGACACCGCCCAUGCUGCCCUCAUCCUCUCUGACGAUGGCAAGCAAGUUCACCACGGCGUCGUGAAGAAGAACCUCCCAGACAAUGGCGGGAGGUUCAACCCCAGCUGCUGCGUCUUGGGGAAGCAGAGUUUCUCCUCCGGAAGGUUUUACUUCGAGGCGGAGGUCAAAGGGAAGACGAGGUGGACUUUGGGAGUCGUGAAAGCUUCUAUCAAAAGAAAAGGAGUCGUCCCGCUGUGCCCAGAAAACGGCCACUGGACCAUUUGGUUGAAAAAUUCGGAUGAAUACUCCGCACUGGUUGGCUCUCCGCUACAUCUGUCUGUAAACCCGAAGCCCCAGAAGGUUGGAGUGUUUGUGGAUUACGAGGAAGGUCUGGUGUCCUUCUACGACGUCGACGCUGCAGAGCUUCUCUACUCCUUCACCGGCUGCAGCUUCACCGACAAACUCUUCCCAUUCUUCAGUCCCGGACUCAACAACGACGGAAUAAACUCUGCCCCGAUUAUCAUUUCUCCAGUUAAUCGCUAAGAUUUAGCUCUCUGAGUUUCUGAGAAGACUUUCCUGUCAGCACCUACGAAUAUAAACCAUACAUUGGUUGGUUUGGGUAAAAGCUGAGAGAAUUUAGGAAACAUGUUAAUGCACCGUCCUAGAUAUUGUUGAGUUUAUAGAUUUCUGACCCAAAAACAAGACACUAAAUGACAAAGGAAGACACAAAAUGACAAAAACAAGAUGCAAAAAGACAAAAACAAGACACAAAACGACAAAAACAAGACACAAAACGACAAAAACAAGACACAAAAAACAAAAACGAGACGCAAAAGACAAAAACAAGACAUUAAAUGACAAAGCAAGACACAAAACGACAGAAACAAGAUGCAAAAAGACAAAAACAAGAUCCAAAAAGACAAAACCAAGACACAAAAUGACAAAAACAAGACACAAAAAAGCAAAAACAAGAUGCAAAAUGACAAAAACAAGACAUUAAAUGACAAAGCAAGACACAAAACGAUAGAAAGAAGAUGCAAAAAGACAAAAACGAGACACAAUACGAGACACAAAACGAGACACAAAACGACAAAAACAAGAUGCAAAAUGACAAAAACAAGACAUUAAAUGACAAAACAAGACACAAAAUGACAAAAACAAGACACAAAACAACAAAAACUAGACGCAAAAAGACAAAAAUGACACAAAACGACAAAAACAAGAUGCAAAAUGACAAAAACAAGACAUUAAAUGACAAAACAAGACACAAAAUGACAAAAACAAGACACAAAACAACAAAAACUAGACGCAAAAAGACAAAAAUGACACAAAACGACAAAAACAAGACACAACACGACAAAAAUGAGACAUAAAAUGACAAAAACAAGACGCAAAAAGACAAAAACAAGACAUUAAAUGACAAAGCAAGAAACAAAACGACAAAAACAAGACACAAAACUACAAAAAUGAGACACAAAAUGACAAAAACAAGACGAAAAAAGACAAAAACAAGACAUUAAAUGACAAAAGACACAAAAUGACAAAAACAAAUAAGCAUGAAAAUAAAGUAGAGACAAACAAGAAAUCUAUUCAUCUGGGUCUGAUGUUUAAUUAUUAGAAAAUAUGACCCUUUCUCACACAGUUUUAUUAGAUUAUUGACUCAUAUUAGAUGUGAUCUUUGCAUAUAGUGAGAUUUAAAUGAAUUGUGUAAUAUCACAGUUAUGGUGAAUGUGAGCGUUUCACUAAUAAGUGAUGAAGCUGCCAGUGUGGAAAGACUCUUACAUCUUAAUGUACUUACAGUAACACAACGUACAUUUUAGUACAACUUAGGUUUGGUACCAGUAUCUGUCGGCCCAUGGACGACCAGACAGAAUAGUUUCCAGCAGAUUGAAGUGAUGAAUUGCUCCAGCACAAGACAAAUUUUUAAAUUAUUGGCCCUUGAAAAUGGAAAUCCAAUCCAGGCUUGUAUAGUGUAACCCCGUCCUGAAACAUUCCCCCUUUUAUUAUUAAUUUCCCCCAAAAUUAGAAUCACACUUUACAAAAUGAACAUCGUGCUGUCUUCAAAAAGUCCUAAAACCAGUGAUUGAGACCAUAAACUCAUGAGGAAAAUGUUCACCAGGUAGCAAAUCAAGUGAGAAUUUACAUCGUCACAGUUUGUUUUUAGAACCAGAAGAGUCGCCUCCUGGUGGUUGGUAGAAAGAAGACAGCUUCACUUUUUAGAUUGAGAGGCUACGUCCAUCUUUUAUAUACAGUUUGUAAAUAGUGUUUUUCCUUUGUGUGUUUUCAAACCUUGCCUUGUUCCAGGUGGUGUAUUGCUUCUGAUCUGUGAUAUGAACUCAUGUAAACAUUAUAAAGUUGGGAGAUAAAACCGAAAAUUAAUCAUGAUAAAGGUUUAUAUUCAGUGAACAACAAUUACUAUUAAAAACUUUCAGUUAC